GGUUACAGCAAGUUGCAGCGUAUAAGUCGCUGAUGAGAGAUAAAAGAGGCUAAAAGCAGGUUUUUCGCCCUUCUAAGUUGAUAAAUUGAAAGUGAAUUCUGAAAAAGAUUAAAAUUCCAAUUCUAAGUGAAAGAGAAUAAAAAAAAACAUUAAAAAGGAACACGAGAAAAAAAUAAGAUUCUUUUGUUUUCGGGAUAAGAAUAAGAAGAGGAAUAUACAAUAUAAAAAAAAAAUAUAAAUAUAAAGACAAGAACAUCAUGAGAUUAAAUGAAUUGUUUCAAGUUAUUAUCGGAAUAUUCUUGUUUGCACCUAUGGAAUGUGGAAGAACUGAUCACGUUCAUCUAAAAAUACAUGUGCCGGAUAUAAUUCAUAAACAUAAACAUGUAAAGACCAAAUAUGUUCACGUAUUUCAUCCAAAGGUCGUUCACUCUGAGAUUCCUGAACAUUCCAUUUCAUAUUUGCAUGCACGUAAUGACCCAAAUAUUGGAUUGAUUAACGGAGGAUAUCCACAACCACUGCUGAAAACUGCAAAAAAUCGUCAAAAUGAGUUUAAAAUCAGUGAAGAGGAUUUUGUAAAGUGGCGUCAAGAACAGCAAAGGAAAGCUAUUGAAAAGCGACGACGAUUACAGCAGCAAUAUCAGCCGGAUGAUGAUGACGAUGAACAAAAUGUAAAUACACAAGAGUAUGAUGAGCAGGUUGAAGAUGAGGAACAAGAAUCAAAUUAUGAAGAAGAUUUAUAUAAAAAGCAUAAAGCAAAUAAAGCAGCAGCACUGAGCAGCAAAAAGGAGAAGAAGAAACAUAGAAAUCACAAUUAUAAUCAAGACUAUGAUUCCUCAAAUUCUGACAAGAUCUACGCAAAUUUUCCCACACGUAAAUCGAGCAAACGUCCAAUUAGGCCAUCACAACGGAAUCCGCACGAUGAAUCGAAUAAAUUUCAGGUUUAUGGAACAUCGAAUGCUGAUGCUGAAUCGACGAAUGUUCAUCAACAAUUUUUGAAUGUUGAUCCAACAUCUCUUAAUCCAGCUUAUUACAGUACAUUGCCGAAAAAUACAGAGCUGAACAAGCAAGACGACAUCUAUUCCGGACUUAUGUCGAAGAAGUUUAAUAAAAAUAUUGCUGAUAAGUCGAAACUUUUAGCUGAUAUUAAUUAUAGUAGAAAGCAGCAGACCAAAAAUUUAUUACAAAAAAGAAAAGGACAAUAA